GACCACCACUAAGGGUAGGCAUCAACGCAAUGACCUGCAGUAGUACGUAGGAAAAUAAAUUUCACUCUCUGACUGCUGAUCGCUCGAAAAAGAGGGAUGCACAUGAUUCAACCAGUGGCGAAGAUUCUGAGAUACAGCCCUGCUUGCUCCCAUUUUGUUUAUAGGGUGGUCAGUGCGGCCCUUAUAUUAUUAUCUGGUGCUGUCUCUUGGCUGUGACAACGCGCCUCUUCUCCCUUGGAAGUUUGCGAGAAGCUCACUCUUUGUCUCUACUUCAAACCCUUGUCAACUAUAAGACCUUUUUAUCACUACUUUUGCCGAAAUUUUAAGCCCAUCAGCAGGAUGCCUAUGGAAUUGCGCAAACGCAAAACUACGGCUUCAACAGCCUCAACUGCAUCGGAUGCGUCGCCUUCAUCUAGCACAAAGAAGAGAACAGCUUCGAUGAAAUUGGCUCUAUCAAAGGCCAAGUCAGUUGUCAUUAGAAAGAAAUCCCCAGCCGCGGUAGACCCCGGCUUUGGCCGAUGCGUUGUUGGUGAGCGCCUCAACCUCGAGGGGUUUGGUGGCUCGGUGGAAACCCAUACGGGAGAGAAGACGACUCUGAAAGACCUUGUUGAUAAGAGCGAGAAGGGUAUUGCGAUAUUCAUCUACCCAAAAGCCUCGACUCCAGGAUGUAUCAACCAAGCCUGCCUUUUCCGAGACGCAAGCCCGCCUUUAGAUUCUACAGGUCUCUCCAUUUACGGAUUGUCGACCGAUAGUAUCAAGGCAAACUGCAACUUCAGGAAUAGGUACAAGAUUCCGUUCUCUCUCUUGUGCGAUCCUAAGGCCACGCUUAUCGGCGCGCUUGGUUACAAAAAAGCUGCAGGAGGCACAACUCGAGGCACAAUCGUGAUUGAUAAAAAUUCUACGGUCCUUGUCACACUUGCUGGUGGCCCCGGCGCGACCGUUGCUGCCGUUGAGGAGCUUGUCCGGCAACAAGCCGAAGAAACAGACACCAAUUUGGAUGGCAAUCGCGAGGAUGAGCAGCUUCAAGCACAAGACGUUGCUGAUAAGAAUCAAGAAAAUCUGGUGAAAGAUGAGAAGAGCGGUCUCGCAGAGAUUGCUGACAAGAAGAAGGAAGAAGUCCUUGGAGAUGGUUUGAGAUCUGAACCUGUGACUGCUUAACAACUCGAUCAAUACGCAAUAUCC